AUGCGCGCCCUGACAGAGAAUGACAGAGGUGUCACCCUCAAGAUUAGCAUUGCUGUGGCUGCGGUGGCGUCGAGUUUGCUGGUGGCGAUCGCAUUGCCUCAGAUCAACCUGGUCUUUGAGCUGAUUGGGGCCACCACCGGCAGCUUCGUGUGCUUUUUAGGCCCUGGCCUGCUUUUCCAUCGACUGGUGCCAGGACGAAUUUGCUCACGUCACAAGCUCAAGGCACUUCUUUUGAUGGUCAUGGGCAUGCUGUUUCUGGUGUUCGGGCAUCCCAGUGUUCUGGAUGUGAUUUCGCAGCUCUCAAAGGGGACGGGCCGACCUCUCCAAUGCAGCGAUUUGGUCUUCAGCCCUGAUGAGGAUUAG